GCGCUCGGAGCACUGCCGCUGGUUCCCUUUCCAGCAGUGAGCGUGUCGCGUUCACCCGAGCUAAUUCUCUGAGCGCUGUCGUCUUGUUGGUUUUCACGGUGUUUUCUCGGUGCUGCCUCAAGUGUGGGUGAACACCUGAGACAGCAGCGGGGUGGCGGCGAUGUCCGACCCGGGGGUGCCAAAGGCUUCUGCGACAUAAUUCGUGUUUGGUUGUGUUUCGGCGCGUUUGUCUUUGAGUGAGUUAGUGAAUGGCUGAAAUUUGGCUCAACCAUUAAGUUGCUGAAAUGUUUUGCUGCUUGAGAACCGUGAGAAGGUUGUGUCUGGACAAGAUAUUGCUGCAGUGCAUUCUUCAGUCAAGAACUUUGUCAGGCGCUGAUGCCAUCAAUGCUCUCAGACCUUUCUAUUUUGCUGUGCAUCCCGAUUUCUUUGGCCAGCAUCCCAAAGAGAGGGAAGUAAAUGAAAACUCUCUGAAGAGGCUAAAUGGCUACUUGGAGAACCUACAGAAACCAGGAUUUCGUUCCUUUAAGCCAACUCAGCUUACUUUUUAUGUAAGAGAAAGAGAACCAAACUCUUCUAAUGUUCAGGAAUCCUUCAGUGCUUCAGGGUUUCGAGCAGUCAGUUUUACGUUACAUACUCGGGAUCUCCUGAGCACAGUACUAGAUAUUCUCAACUCCUGCAGUUUAUCUACAGAGCAUGUUCAGAGUUUGAAUGUGAACUCUCAGCCCCACAAGGAAGCAAAAAGCACAGUGAACAGACCUAUCAAGUGGGAUAAGACUUAUUAUUCAUUUACUGGAUUCAAGGAUCCUGAGGAGGAACUAGAGCAAGCCCAGAGAGUGGAAACAACUUUACUGUCCUGGCUAGAUGAUAAUGAAGCAAGUGCAGUAAAAAAGCUGAAAAAGAGUUUGCCGCUCAGAAAAGAAUUAGAACGUUUAAAAAUUGAACUUUCUCAUGAACUGCAGCUCUCCGAUAUCAGGUGGCAGAGAAGCUGGGGCAUUGCUCACCGCUGUAGUCAGCUGCACAGUCUGGGCCGCUUGGUCCAACAGCGACCUGAAAUAUUAGAGAAUGUUAAAGGACGCACGGUGGUAUUUACAGACCGCUCGGGUAUGAGUGCAGCAGGUCACAUCAUGCUGGGGACCAUGGAUGUUCACCAUCACUGGACCAAAGUUUUUGAGAGACUGCCAAAUUAUUACAAGCUUCAAAAAAGGCUGCUGCUUUUGGAAGAUCGGAUAAGCCAACUUCUGGGAGGCAUCCAAGUAAUAUAUAUUGAAGAACUGCAACCUCUGUUCACUCUAGAAGAGUACUUUGAGACUCUGAACUCUUUCUAUAAUAGACUCCGUGACAGCAGAUUACCUUUUCAUCCUCGCAGUCUGCGAGGCUUGCAAAUGAUUCUGGAAAGUGACAGAUAUGCACCAAGCCUACAUGAACUUGGACACUUUAUGAUCCCAACGGUCUGUGAUCCAGCAGCUCUUCAAUGGUUUAUUUUUGCCAAAGCACAGGAAGCAAGAGAGAAUUUGAAAAGAAAAGAGGAGAUGAUGAUUACAGAGAAGGAGCUAAUCAACACUUCUACAGAAAGAUUUUCUUUGGAUCGGCUGUACAAGGAGCCCAGUGUUUCCAGUGCACAGAUGAUAGAUUGUUGCAAGCGGCUGCUGGAGGAAUCCUUACCCUACCUGCAAGGCAUGCACCUUUGCAUUUCGCAUUUCUACUCUGUGCUGCAGGAUGGAGACCUGUGUAUACCUUGGAACUGGAAAAGCUGAGGGAUGUAUCUGAUAAUCAGAUGAAUUGUUUUAUUUUCUGUAAGAGGUUAUAAAUAUGAAUGUUUUUAAGAGUAAAUUAUUUAAAUCUGUAUUUUGAUAUCAGUAUUCAGCUCACAAAUUUUCUUCCAGCUGCUGCUGAGGAAGGAUUGCAGUUCUAGACAAUUUGCACAAUGCGCAGUAUUGGUAGUCCUGGGAAAGACAUCUGUACAUUAUCCAUACUACUGUAGGAGUCCCAAUGUAUGGUUACAGUUGUGAAACUGCAUUUUUGUAGUGAAUUCUGAAAAUACAUUAAAUUUCAAGUCUGCAGAAA